AUGUCAACCCAUAGCCCAUCUACUGCCAAUAACAAAGCCAACGCUCAAGGGAAACAGGCCGAAGAUCAGCGGCCUCCGACUAACCCAUUUGCGCCGCUGGCUGAUAUGGAACAAGAAUCAACAAUUACUGGACCAAAAUGGAAGGAAAAAGCCCAGAAUCACCAAAAGAGAAGAAACAAGGCCUAUCCACUAGAGCAUCAAAGAGCACCAUCGGAGAAUAUAGAGGCGAACACUCAACCACCAGCAGCUGGAAAGCCUCCUCAACCCAUGCACCAUUUUCACCUCAAUUCGAGAGUGAAGAUUCAACUACGAAAGGAGAACAAACCGCCUGGACAAGUGGAUGAAACAGAAGAUACAACUAAUCCAGACGGUGAUGAUAUGGUUGAAGACCAACGAGGAGUGGCCGGAGACGACCACUGGUCAACUACCGACUUGGAACAACUGUCGGACGCCGGUUCUUUAUCGGAACCAUGGAUUGUGUUUGACUUUAAUGCUUUUACCAAAGAAGCUAAUAAAGUCGAUGGUAGAAUGUCUAAAGGGUGUGGAAAAUUCUGUGAACGGAUAGAGAGGAUGGAAAUGAUCAACUUGGGUUUUGAAGGAUCUCGGUUUACAUGGAAAGGCGGACUUUUUCAUGAACGGAUUGAUAGGGCUCUAGUCAAUGACAAAUGGAGGGAUUUCUUUGUUGAUACUACUGUUAAACAUUUACCCAGAGCGGCAUCAGACCACUCUCCCCUUCUCAUUGGUUUCAAAUGGAAAAACGACACUCCGCCUGGAACGAAAAUCUUCAGGAUAUCUCUAGAACUAAAGCAACGGCCUUAUGGAGAUAGAUUGCUAAAUUGUGGCCUUAAGUCCUUAAAGGUCAUGUCGUCGAACAAUGCUGGUUCUCGACUGUAUGGUGACAAAGACCCCUUUCCUACUGUGAAUUCAGAUGAAGAAGAGUCAACUACGGUAGCUGCUGGAGCCAAGAAGAAAAAGAAGAGACUCAUGAAGAUCUCUGAGAAGGAGAAAAAAAAGAAGGCAGAUGUGCUCUCCUCGAAGAUGUUAUCUUCAGGUGGCAUGGCAUCAGCUAUCAAGGAGGUCAAUCUGUCGGCCAUAGAGUACGGGGCUCACAGAGUAGCUGUUGCAGGCCUUAAGAGGCUUAGCGGAGAUAGACCCAUCAAGGCCAAAUGGUUCAAACAAUUCUUGAAAGAGAGCCCUAAGAAAACCAUGUAUGAGGCCUUGGUAAAGGUCCUCAAGAAGCUUAGCAGUGAGCAGCUGCCUUUAUGGGAAGCUCUGUGCGACGCCCUCGUUAAGAUGGGUACUCCUGAAGAUAUGGCUGUGUUUCCCGGUGAUCCCGCCAUAGUCUUGUCCAAGGGUCUAAGCGAUGAGGAGCCGAUUCCUGAGGUGCUGGAUGAAUAUAUCGGCAUCGAGCUCGAGGAAAAAGAUGAUGAAGCUUUGGGGGAAGACGUGUCUGACACUGGCAACUCUGGAGCGUAG